CCACAUUUCUACAGACUGAGAGAGACCAACCUCAAAAGGAGCUCCCUUUUUCAAUCUCUCUCUCUCUCUCUCUCUAGUUCUUGGUUGCUUUAUUUUUCCCUUUUGUUUUUGGUCCACCUUUCACUCGGCUUUGAUAGUUCAGAGUUCUUUCUGGAGUUUCUUUGGGGGUUCAUUUUUUUUUAUUUUUUAUAAUGUGGUUUCUGGAAAACUGAGGAAUAUUUGAACUUGAAGUGCCUUUUCCAUGGCUUCUCUGCUUCUCUUUCUCUUUCUGGCAUUUUCUGUUGUUUCUGCCGAUGAAGAUGCUUUCAUUGGUGUAAACAUCGGUACAGACCUCUCUAGCAUGCCAAGCCCGACUCAGGUUGUGGCCCUUCUUAAGACUCAGAAUAUUCGACAUGUGAGACUUUUUGAUGCAGACCGAGCUAUGCUUCUUGCGCUUGCAAACACAGGCAUACAGGUGAUAGUGUCUGUUCCCAAUGAGCAGCUCCUUGGGAUUGGUCAGUCCAAUGCCACUGCAGCCAACUGGGUUGCUCGUAAUGUGGUCGCACAUGUCCCUGCCACCAACAUCACAGCCAUAGCUGUUGGAUCUGAAGUCCUAUCGGCCCUCCCAAAUGCCGGUCCAAUCCUAGUAUCUGCUUUAAAAUUCAUUCACUCUGCCCUUGUUGCUGCUAAUCUUGAUCGCCAAAUCAAAGUCUCUACUCCACACUCUUCCUCCAUCAUACUCGACUCCUUUCCUCCUUCCCAAGCUUUCUUCAACCGCACAUGGGACCCCGUUAUGGUCCCCUUGCUCAAGUUUUUGCAGUCAACAGGCUCAUACCUUAUGCUCAAUGUCUACCCCUAUUAUGAUUACAUGCAAUCAAAUGGUGUGAUCCCGUUGGACUAUGCACUAUUCCGUCCCCUUCCUCCAACCAAAGAAGCUGUGGAUGCUAAUACUCUCCUUCAUUACACUAAUGUCUUUGAAGCUGUUGUUGACGCAGCUUAUUUUGCGAUGUCCUAUCUGAACAUUACCAAUAUACCCAUUGUAGUGACUGAAUCAGGAUGGCCCUCCAAGGGUGACUCGUCCGAGCCAGAUGCCACGCUUGAAAAUGCCAACACUUAUAACAGUAACUUGAUUAGACAUGUGCUUAACAACACGGGGACGCCAAAACAUCCUGGGAUUGCUGUUAGUACUUACAUAUAUGAGCUUUACAAUGAGGAUUUGAGACCUGGUUCUGUCUCGGAAAAGAACUGGGGACUAUUUGAUGCUAAUGGAGAGCCGGUGUAUAUUUUGCAUUUGACUGGCGCUGGAACUGUGCUGGCAAAUGACACUACAAAUCAGACUUUCUGUGUUGCAAAGGAUGGUGCUGAUCGGAAGAUGCUACAGGCAGCGUUGGAUUGGGCGUGUGGACCAGGAAAAGUUGAUUGUUCACCUUUGUUACAGGGCCAGCCAUGUUAUCAACCAGAUAAUGUGGUUGCACACUCAACGUAUGCUUUCAAUGCUUAUUUUCAGAAGAUGACCAAGUCUCCUGGAACAUGUGAUUUUAAAGGAGUGGCAACCAUCACUACCACAGACCCAAGUCAUGGUUCUUGUAUUUUCCCAGGAAGUGCUGGAAGAAAUGCAACUGUCGUGAAUGGCACGUCACGUGCUCCAUCUUCAAAUUCUACAAGUUCUGGCUGCGAUUCACAAUAUAUCCACCAUGGUAGUUCAUUUACAUUCACAAGCUCUGUGAUUAUUGGUGUUGUAGUUCUAAGUGUGGUUUUCUUGUGAAACUACAUGUACUCGUAAUUGUGCGACUCUUUUGAUCGCAGUAGGAAUCUUUAGAAACAUUCUGUUUCGCAGCUGUUGUAAAACUUGCAUUCAUAACCCAAUUUUGUGUGCCCCGUCGGUGGGGAGUUGAGGGGUGGCAUGCUUGAGGACGUAUACAGUCAUCCAGCUAGCAGUUGUGAGGUAUCUGUACAAAAAGACCGAAGGAAUUGUUUCGGUUUUGAUUCUGUAACUAUCUCUGU